AUGGUAACUGGGGUGUUCAGAUACUUGCUCUUGAAACCCUUGGAUCCCAAUGAGCUUUCCUUACUCAAGGAGCUCACCACCUCGGAAAUCUGCAGAGUGUGGGACGCCACAUCCAAGUACGUUUGCAGACAGCUGCAGGAGAAGAAGGCGGUGGAUAUCGGGAUUGGGAGCUUUGCAGUUGUGCCAGCUCGUGUCGCCGCUGGAAAGGAUGGGGUUCUGGAUGUGGAUAAACCCAUUUUCCAGAUGAGCCAACACGUUCAGAGAUUUUACAAGCUGAAGAAGCCUAAGACCAAAAUUCCUCCUGAGGUUUUCGAGCAUCCUCUGAACCUUAAGGAGAUUGCUGAAAGCAUCCACUUCCGUGUGCCAAUCGUAAAACAGUGCAUCCAUGAGACCCUGCUCUUCUUUGCUGAGACCCUCCGAGGGAAGCAGGAAGUUGACUUCUUCUUCAGCAGCCUUGGCAUUCUUUCUGUGAGAGGGCAGGAGGUCAUCAUGAACUUCUUUGACAGCUGUGCACUGCAGCUGGAUGCGACGGACAACAUGCUGCCUGCUCUUCUUGGGGACCCUGAGAUAAUGAAUCUGAUUGCACUAAGAGGCAAAAACAAAUUUACUCAACGCAGUGAGGAUGGCUGUGUCAUACUGCCAAGGAUUGCAUUUGAGGACCCAAAGACUUACAGACAACUUAGUUCCCUCAAGCCCCGAAGAAAUUCACAGCCAUGGGGCGAGGGUGCCCGAAGAGGUACGUGA